CUUUGUUUAAAUAUCUAUACAUGUAAUGUUGACAGUGAUUGUCUCCCCUUUGUUUAAAUAUCUAUACAUGUGAUGUUGAAAGUGAUUGUCUCCCCUUUGUUUAAAUAUCUCUACCAGUGAUGUUGACACUGUUUAUCGACCCUUUGUUAAAAAAUUGUCCUUGUGGUUUUGACAGUGAUGGUGACUGGGACUUUUAUUGGUGUGACCGAGAGUGGCUCCACCAGAAUUACGACACCAUGUUCCUCCAUGAACACCAGAAAAUUCUACACUUUCGUAACCACUAUGAGUUGACAAGAAAAAAUCUGAUGGUUAAAAAUCUUAAAAGACUGAAAAAGCAGACAGAAAGAGAACAGGGGAAAUCUGAGGGACUAAGUUUUGAUUUCCAUCCGACGACCUAUGAACUUCCAUCUGAGUACCACAUAUUUGUGGAGGAAUUCAAAAGAAAUCCUGGCAUUACCUGGAUCAUGAAGCCAGCAGCCAAAUCUCAGGGCAAAGGCAUAUUUCUCUUCCGGCGACUCAAGGACAUCACAGAUUGGAAAAAGGGAGAGUAUCAGCCCCUUACUGAUACAACUAGAGAGGUCCCAGAGACGUAUGUCGUACAACGCUACAUAGAGAACCCGUACCUUAUAGGGGGUCGCAAGUUUGACAUCAGGAUCUACGUCCUGGUUGUCUCUUACAACCCCCUAAAGGUAUGGCUAUACAGGGACGGAUUUGCCAGAUUCUCCAACACAAGAUUUUCUCUGGACUCCAUAGAAGAUGCCUAUGUCCACCUGACUAAUGUGUCUGUACAGAAGAAUGCUCCAGAUUACGAUCCUGAGAAGGGCUGCAAAUGGUCCACACUGAGGCUACGUCAAUACUUGUCAGCCAAACAUGGCUCAGAGGCGGUGAAGAAAAUAUUCAAAGGUAUUGACAAUAUCAUCACCAAAGGUUUACAAAGUGUUCAGAAAAUUAUCAUCAAUGACAAGCACUGUUUUGAGAUGUAUGGUUACGACAUUCUGCUAGACAGCGACCUCAAGCCGUGGCUGAUAGAGAUCAAUGCCUCCCCGUCUCUCACUGCCAGUGGCAAAGAAGAUUACGAACUUAAGUUUGGUCUACUGAAUGACCUUCUAAAUGUCCUUGACCUUGAGAACAGACUUACUGGUAAGGAGAAAAGGAUCGGGGGCUGGGAUCUCCUAUGGGAUGAUGGGCCAGUACUAGCGGACGAUGGUAACAUGGAAUGUACAACCAACGGUACCUCGGUCACCACUGCCAACUCCUUCUUAGGCUGCCAUAACGACAGAAAACGACAGUUACGCGAGAUCUACACAGCAGCACAAGCAAUCAAAAAGACGUAGAAAACAACGAUAACUUGGUACAGAUUUACCAAUAACUUGUAACCUGGAUUAGAGAAUGUUGUCUGUUGUUGUAGAACAAUAGUUAUACUGCUAAUCCCUUAUAAAGUUGUCCACCAUGACUUGGGUUUGGUAUGAUAAAAAGACCAUGUUACAGUCUGUACAUCUGAUUCAUAAAGUCACCAGUUAGUCACUGAAGUUUGGCUAGAUCAACUCAAGUUCAUAUUGGAUGCCUAAGGAAUCUUAAGAAACUUUUUCUAAGGCUGAUGAAUCUCUUUGACCCGUUCCAGAGAAUUGUGAUAAUACCCGGUACAUACAAACCGUCUGUGAUGUGAUCGUACAUGUGUAUAUUACAAUGAUAUAAGAUAAGCUGUACUAAGGAUGUGUGAUUAUGUACCAUGUAUGAAGUUGGAUCCCCUGAUUAAGUAGAUCUAUAUAUUUUGAUAUUUAUUAUCUUCAUUAACACAUUUCACUUGCUUUAAAUGUUGAUGUAUUCGUUCAAUUAUCUGUGUAAUUAAUGUUGGUAUUUCAUG